AUGGAAUUUAGAUUCGUCUAUGGUCAAUACUUGGCGGCCCUCAAGACAGAGCGAGAGGCGGAGCGUGCUCGUGCAAGGGAGAACGAACGUAUACCUGAUGAGUCUCCUCAGCCUAGAGAGGAUGGUGACGUUAUGGAAGAUGGAAGGGCCAGUGAGAAUGUGCGACCCCGUCGGAAGAACAGUCGGGGUGUCGGCCUUCACUUCGCGAGUAGC